AUGUACCUUAAUCAUAAUUAUAACAUUCUUUUGUUUGAUGUGGUCAAAGUCAAGUUGGAAAAUCAACAAUAGUACGUUUAUUAUUUCAAUAUAUAUAGGUCUCCAAAUUAACAUCUCAAUAAAUACAUAAUUAAACAGGAUUAAUAUUCACUUAAUAAAAGACAAAUAUAAUUGGUUAUUAAGCAGUAAUUUAAUAUUUUGAGAUUUCUGGAUAAUCAUUUAAAUAAUUAUUGACUUUACCAUUUAAUAAACAAUCAUAUUAAUAGUACAGUUAUAUUUUAGUAAUUGAUUUAUCUGAUAAUCCUCAUGAAAUUUUAAAUGUAUGUAAUUCAGAAAUAAGAUAAAUUAAAGAAGAAACAGAAAAGAAGUUAUAAUAAUCAAUAGAUGUUGAUACUUUAAAACAAUUAGAAUUAAAUAUUUAUGAAAAAAUCAUGUAGCAUCAUGAUAAAAAUAGAAUAAUACAAUCAUUUAUACCUAUUAUAAUUGUAGGUUGGAAAUAUGAUUUAUUCUCUAAAAAUCUAGAUUAAGAAUCCAGAAAAUGGAUAACAAGAGGUUUAAGAUAUUUAGCACAUACUAAUAAUUGUUCACUUGUAUUUGGAAACAAUUAAGAUUAUUAAUUAGUUAGAUAGACUUUGUAAUAUCAUGUAAAACCUACGAUUUCAAUUUAUGAAUAUGAUCAUUUAAAAUAAUUAUGUAGUACUCAACUUUCUGAUUCAAUUGAAAAUAUUAAUUUACCUCCAUCUGGUAAUAAUCCUCUAGAUGGAUUCAAUAAAAUAAUCAAAGAUCAAACUUUUGCUGUUGUAAAUAAUCAAAAUAAAAAAAAAAUAAUCUAAAAUAACGGAGGAAGAAUGGAAUAAUUAUAAAGAAGAUAAAAUUGA